UCCCUUCAGUCCCUACCCCGCAGCAUGACAAAACUGUGCUCCCUCGUCAUUUUGGGUGUGGAAGAUGCUAAUCUCAUCCAGUCACUUCCAGAUCUACCUACUUCACUGCGUUGUCUAGUCAUCAACAGCUGUCACCCUGUGUUGAAGGAGCGAUGCCAAGAGAAUAUAGGCCUUGAUUGGCCCAAGAUUGCCAACAUCCGUUUUGUGAGGAUUACAUAGCAUUAUUUGCAGAUCGUGAUGAUGAUGCAUAUUAAUUGUUGUAUCCACUUUCCGGGGCAAAUUUGACAGACACUCCGUCGAUAACACUUAUACCGACAUUUCACCGUAAAUUGAAAAUGAGGCCUACACUGCAGCAGGCAUCAACUUGCAACCACGUCUUGCAGCUGCUUGCUUUUUCUUUCUUUACGAUUUUCCAAAACAGAAAAAAAAAUUAAUUUCCUAAUGCAUUGACGACAGAAAAGCACACUCAAAACUCAAACAGACCGACAACUGUUGCUGAUGUUCAGUUCAGUCUUCAAUCUCUGUAAGUGUUAAGCGUCAAAAGCUCGAGGAAAUCAAGAAUGCUCGCGAGACUAGCUCCUUGGUAAUCAAAAGUGAGGUGCUCGGACGAGACAAGGAGACGGGCCUGAUAGUCAAAUGGCUGAUCAACCCGGGAGAUGCCGAUGUUGAUGUCUCUGCUUUCACAAUUGUUGGUAUGGGUGGGCUCGGGAAGACCACUCUUGCUCAACUAGUCUAUAGUAAUGAAAGAGUGCGAGUGUACUUCGACCCGAUUAUGUGGGCUUGCAUUUCUCAGGAUUUCGAUGUAACUGUGAUAACAAGAAAAAUUUUAGAAUGUGUAAGUAGUGAGAAUUUUGGCGACAAGCGUCUAAAUGCACUCCAUGAGAAACUUAAAGAAAAACUAACAUCGAAGAGGUUUUUGCUCAUACUAGAUGAUGUUUGGAACGAUGAUAACAUGACGGAGUGGGAGAAAUUGGUUGCUCCUUUGAAAUCCGGACAGAGAGGAAGCAAGAUCCUGUUGACAACUCGAAUGGGUUCAGUUGCGGAUAUGGUGGCAAAUGUAAUGAAAUGCAAACGGGAAUCAUUAAAUCUAAAUGAGUUGGAGGAGAGCGACUAUAUGUCGCUUUUCAAUAAGCAUGCAUUCCUCGGUGUGAAUCCUGAUGAUUAUAAAAACUUGCAACCAAUUGGUCAACAUAUAGCGAAGAAACUUGGAGGAUACCCAUUGGCAAUAAAAGUUAUGGGAGGAAUGCUGAACUCCUAUAUGGACUAUGAAUAUUGGAAGAAAAUCUUGGAAGAAGACAUCAUGAAAUUACAACUAGGAAAGGAUGGCAUCAUGACAAUUUUGAGAUUAAGCUACGAUCACUUAUCCACAAACUUACAACUCUGCUUUAGAUAUUGUAGUUUAUUUCCACAAGAUUAUAUGUUUAAGAGGAAAAAGUUGGUCAAUAUGUGGAUUGGUUCAAGUCUGAUUCCGCAAUCUAUUUGCGACAGGCAAAGGCCAGAGGAUAUCGGAAAUGAGUAUUUAAAUCUUCUGACAAGAAAAUCAUUCUUUACUUGCGAAACUAGUGAUAAUCUGGUGAAAAUUACUAAAGAGUAUUUUAUGCACGAUCUGCUGCAUGACCUAGCACAAUCUGUUUCUCUAGGGGAAUGCAAAAGAAUAGGAGGUGAUGUUGCAGGAAAUAUUAUUCCAAAACCAGUUCGACACUUACAUGUUGAGAUGAUAAAUCUUCUUUCCAUCAGAGAGAUCUCCAAUCUUAAGAACGUGCGCACUCUUGUCAUUUCUGUUAGAGAGGAUAAUGAGCAUAAUGCAAAUCAUGCACUUGAAUUUCUCGAGGUUAUAAAAGGGUUUAAAAAGUUACGCUUAUUGAUCUUAGAUGUGAAUUUUGACCCUUAUAAACUGCCCGAUGCACUUAGUAGCUUGAUACACCUCCGCUACCUAUCUCUUUCACUAGGGAAAGUUGUGAAUGAAAGUAUUGAAUAUGAUGGCUUGACCAACUUGGUAAAUUUGCGUUUAUUAGAUGUUCCCCAUCAUGUGAUAGAAAAUAUUCCUUAUAUUAGCAAACUACCCUUCAUCCACAAAUUACAAAAUUUUAUUAUCCGAGAGGAGAGCGGUUACAAAGUUGGUGAACUAAAGAACCUCAGGGACCUUCGUCGCCUGUGUAUUAGGAAACUUGAAAAUGUGAUGAGGAAGAAGCUAUGGAGGCCAAGCUGAAUGAGAAAGAAAAUCUCAAAUCACUAUCAUUGGAAUGGUCUGAAGACCGCUCCAAUAGUGCAGAAACGGAUGAGCAGCUCCUCGAUAACCUCUGCCCUCAUAUCAAUCUCAAGAAAAUGUGCAGCAGACAAUACCAAGGUGCUAAAUCUCCAUGUUGGAUGGCAAAUCUAUCUCUUGUCAAUUUGACAUCCAUCAAACUGAUUAAUUGUAAAGGAUGGGAGCACCUUCCACCUCUCGAGCAUUUUCCUUCGCUCCAAUCUCUACACUUGUGUGGACUGGAUGCAAUAAAGCAAAUAGAUUGUUCAUUCUUCAAAAGCAGCAGUGGAUGUGCCUUUCCAUCAUUGAAGGAUUUACAUUUAUGGGACAUGCCUAACUUGGAGGAUUGGAUUGGAGUAGAUGAUGGGUGCAUGUUUUCUCAACUUCAUUAUAUGUAUAUCACUAACUGCCCUAAUUUGAGGGAAAUUCCUACUCUGCCGUAUAGUCUAAGACAAUUGAAAAUUUCAAAUGUCGGCUUGACCGCUCUUCCAACAAUAAAUCGGAAUUACAUGGACAACAAUCGGCAAGAACAUUCUCAGGGUCUUGAAAGCUUAGACAUCAAACGAUGUGAGAAGCUUGAAUAUGUUCCAACAGAGUUUUUUCAGAAAUUCGACUCCCUCAAAUCACUGCGUAUAGUAAAUUGCCCGAAGUUGACAAAACGUUGGAACUCGGACAUCCAACUGCCCUCUACACUCAAUCAUCUCACUACUGGGUCAUGUGGCGACCUUGAGGUGCCACUGCUGUGGUUGGCAGAUUUAACCUCUCUUUCCGGGUUGAAAUUAGUCGAUUGCGCAACCAUAACAUCCCUUCCCCCAGCGCAAGUGUGUGCACGGUGGACGACGCUUUCCUAUUUAGCAAUAAAGAACUGCAAAGGACUGUCGUCAUUAGGCGGAAUACAAGCUUUAGUAUCCCUCUGUUGGUUAGAAAUUAGAGGGUGUGACAAGCUAAUUCAAGUUGCCCUGCUGCUGCAGCCUCCGUUCCCAAACGAUGUCGGCCAAAAAAAGAAUGCAGUACUGGACCGCUUUUUGAAGAAUGGUGAACUAUCAAUUGACCACCACGCGCUCCUGCUCAUGGAGCCAUUGAGAAGUCUCUCCUCCAUCAACUUGUUGACUCUCUCUGAUGCUUCACAACUCACCACCUUACCUGAGGAAUGGCUACUGCAAAAUUGCGCUGCCCUCAAAGAUUUACAAAUAUGGAAUGCGGUCUCCCUUCAGUCCCUCCCGCAGAGCAUGACAAAACUGUGCUCCCUCAAGUGUUUAGAAGUACUGAAUGCUAAUCUCAUCCGGUCUCUUCCAGAUCUGGCUACUUCACUGCGUGCUCUAGUCAUCACCGGGUGUCACCCUGUGUUGAAGGAGCGAUGCCAAGAGAAUGGUGGCCUUGAUUGGCUCAAGAUUGCCCACAUCCCUAGAAGGAUGAUUAAACAGUUGUAGAGUGACGAUGACGAAAUUGAUUGAUUAAUUACCUUCUUUUCUCGGAUAAUGCGAGAGCAGUCAGGUUGUAUCGAUAUUUUGAGUAAAUUUGGUGUAUGCUCUCGCGAUAAGACGUCAUAAGAGGAAAUGAAAGCUAUGCUGUAGCAGGCAUCAACAUGCAACCACAUCCUGCAGUAUCUUACAUUUACUUUCUUUACACUUUUAAACAAACUUUAGAUUCAUUUCGCAUUGAUUGCACGAAAAGACUGAAGUGUUACUGCUUAUGUUCUAUGUUUGGUGGUACAAGAACCAUUUAAAAACUCUUAUCAAUUUCUCUAUAUAUAGGACAAGUGGAGAUGGACUGCCGACCAAAUUUUUACUGUUAAAUCGAUCUAUGAUUUCAUCACCGAUGAUGGCCAGACAGAUUCCUUGUAUGUUCACCUAUGGAGGAUAAGAAUUCCAACUAAAAACAGAGUAUUCAUUUGGAUUCUACUUCGCAAGAGAGUACUUACCAAGGACAGGUUGAUCCGUCGGGGGCAUGUUGUGGAUCAGUUUUGCGUGUUUUGUGCACUAUUCCCAGAGACCUGCGAUCACCUCUUUCGGGACUGUGUCUUUGUCAGAUAUCUUCUAAUCACCGCCGGAAUUUCUCAUACAAGCGAAUUGGAAUCGGGGGAUGUAGGCCGACUUUGGACGGAAACAACUAAUAUUCACAAUGCAGUGUUGAGGACAAAAAGUCUGACCCAUCUAGCAGCAAUCUGGUGGGUGACAUGGACGGAACGUAAUAACAUUAUCUUUUGCGAUGCGCGUCCCAAUGCUGCUCGGGCGUUCGAACGAGUCACCUCCUUGAUCAAAGCUUGGACCGACGCCCUUUGAUUUUGACCACGUCUUCUAUUUUUGUUCCCUUCGUUGGUCGUUUCUUUGUGUGUCUUUGUUUUGCUUUGUGAUCUGUGAUUUCUUUUUUAUCUUUUUUUCAAUUUUUUUGUCUGGUCCCUUCAGGAGGUCUUAGUUGCCUCCAACAUGUACGCUUAGUUCAUUUUGCUUAAUGAAUGAAGCAGGUAGCCCGCUACCUAUUUCUCAAAAAAAGGAAUGUAACAAGACCAAAAGAAACUGCCUAUGUAUUUGUAUUUUCUUUCUGUUCUCGGUGGUGUAUGAAUUAAAAACCCUCCUAUUAUUAUAGCCUAUGGAUUUCGUCCUUGUUACGAAGGAUGGUUAAAGUUUUA